AUGGAAUUAUUUAAACUACUUUGCUAUUAUAAUGAAGAAAAUAUGCCUCUUGAUGAAAUUGAAUGGGCUGCUACAAGAAUUUAUUUUGCAGAAGAGGAAGUAAGAAAUAAUGAAUGGAAAGGGUUAAAGGAGGACAUUCCUUGUUUGGCUGAACAACUCUUCAAUAAAUUACCAAAAACGGAAGAAACUUAUUCCUAUUUAAUUUGUGGUCUAUGCAAAUUUCCGACUAUUUAUUCUCUUACGCAAGCUAAAAUUCUUUAUAAGGAAAUGAUUUCUGUUGGUUUCACCCCUUUUGAAGAUGUUUUUAAUUUAAUGAUUAAAAAUGAAAUAACAUUGGAUGAAAAUACAAAAUUUGAUUUAAAAUUUUGGUUACAAGAAAUGUCAAAAUUUAAUGUUCGUCCAUCUGUUACAACUUUUAAUUAUAUUUUUCAAAAUUUGGCAAAGAAUACAAAUUUAGAAAAAGAUUUAACAAAUAUGGCUUCAUCAGAUACUUACUUUAUUGAUACUAAAAAAGAUCCUUCAAAAGAUGAAGCAUUAAAUUUAUGGAAAUCUGCAAAAAUGUUUAUUAAUGAAAUGAAAGCUUUAAAUAUAGAACCUAGUUUAUUUAUUUAUGCAAAAAUUUUGGAACUUUCUCCUGAUGAUAUUAAUUAUCGAAUAGCUUUGUUAAACGAAAUUUUAACAAAUUUGGAAGAAAAAUUAUUUAACGGAAAAGAAAUUAAAAACACAAAUUUUGAUGAUCAAACAUUUUUUCUCAAUUCAAUGUCAAUUGCCUCAACUGGACAAAGUGAAAGUUUGUUGGAUAGAACUUUGGAAAUUUAUAAUAAUAGAAAUAAUCGAGUUAAAAUUGUUAAUGCUAGGGAUGAAAUUAGAUUUUUUGAAAAUUAUUUGAUCGCAAAAUUGUGUUGCCUUUCUUUAAACAAUUUCUUUUUGGUCUACAAAAAAUUUGUCCCAAACAUUAUACCACUUACAGCAAUUAUUUUUGGAGCUAUAAAUAAUCAAAUUAAUAAAAGGAAACCCGAUGAAUUUUGUUGGCCUUUACUCAAAAGAUUGACAGAAAAUUUUAUGAAUUCUCGUUGUGCUUAUAUGGAUAAAUUUGGUGUUUUUAUGAUUGAACAGUUACGUGAAGUGAGGCCAAAUCAACAUUUAUCAAUCGAAGAAGCAAAAGAAUAUUUUAAAUUAUGUGAAGGAUUAAUUAACGUAAUUGAAGAAAUCGAUGCUCGACGUGAAUAUAUGGAACAAAAAAGAAGGAAAGAAGAAGGAAUUUUGGUAGAAGAGGAAGAAUUAAAUAUAGCUGCUGUAAAAGAAGAAAAUAUUAAAAAUGAAUUAGUUGAAGAAAAUGUUUUGAGUAAUGAAUUUUAUGUUGAAGAUAAAAGAUUAUUUUAGAUGGAAGAAGAUUAUUUGUUUUUAUUUUAAUCAGACUUCAUUGUUUGAUACACCUUAAUAAUGACCUCGAUUUAAGAUAGGUAUAUGUGUAUUUUUUAAAGUUUGGUGGUUGGAUACUCGAGGGAGGAUGGAGGAAGUAUGUGUAUGUAGCAGGGAACAAGCCGUCCUGAUUCCCGAAAAUCGGGAAUUC